AUGUAUCUCCAAUUGCUAUUAUUGGUACUUUUACAUAAAGUUUUAGCACAAACUACCACAGUUUCUGAAGAUACAACUGUUACAGGGUCAGCUUAUUUCCCAAAGGCCACGCCUCUUUUGGUCCAGGCUGGUGCUUCGCUUGUCUAUGACAAUAGUGGAGGAAAUCAAAAUCGGUUUAUGAAUAGUGUGGAAGUUCAAGGUGAACUUUAUAUUGGUGACACAAGUGUUGAUAAUUCUGGAAUGUCCGUGAGAUUUUCAAAUAAUCUUAUUAAUUCUGGUCUCAUUGUUCUAAACGCUGAGAAUGAGACAUCAAGUCCAUACUUUUACCUUGGAAGUGCUUUCGAUUUUAUCAAUAACGGCAUCUUCAUGAUGAGUGGUCUGGGUUCAGGCACAGGAAUGAAGGCUAAAAUCGAGACAGUGGGAUCAACAAUUAAUCGUGGUGUCUUAGCUCUUUAUCAAACCGAUACCCGUGGAGCUGGAUCCUCUAACUUUGGUGAUAUCGGACUUGAUGUGACAAAUGACGGUACAAUAUGUCUAUCGCUCAUGUACAUGAUCCAACAAUCAAUUGUUUCGGGUACUGGAUGCUAUGACAUUGGUGAAGAAUCUGUUUUCUAUUACUCAAAUCCAACAUCUUUCCCACUCUCCAUUGGACAGACGAUCUAUCUGUCCACGGAUACCUCUAUUCUUCUUAUUGGUUCUUCGGCAAUGACAAAUGACCUUCCUGUUUCCGGGUUCGGUAUGGGAAAUAUUAUCGGUUUCACUACUUUCACAGAAAGUCUUCAAUACACUGGUGAUACCCUUUCAGUUAAAUCAGGUGGUUACACAUACAACUUAAUCAUUGGUACUGGAUAUGAUGUAAGUCUAUUCGUCAUUGAUACAACCUCAGUCACUGUAUCUUCACAAUUAAUGGUGAGCCACAUAACUUACUCGGGUGCUGUCCCAGACCAGUCAGUUCCAGAUAGUUGUCGAUCUUGUCCAGCUUCCGUUUCACCGUUCCCUAAUGAUGAUACAGGGUCUUCUGAAGAAACAUCUGAAGAAACAUCUGAAGAAACAUCUGAGGAGUCUUCUGAAGAAACGUCUGAAGAAACAUCUGAAGAAACGUCUGAAGAAACGUCUGAAGAAACGUCUGAAGAAACAUCUGAAGAUCCGUCUGAGGAGUCUUCUGAAGAAACGUCUGAAGAAACGUCUGAAGAAACGUCUGAGGAGUCAUCCGAAGAAACGUCUGAGGCGUCAUCUGAAGAAACGUCUGAAGAGUCUUCUGAAGAAACGUCUGAAGAAACGUCUGAAGAAACAUCUGAAGAAAUGUCUGAAGAAACGUCUGAAGAAACGUCUGAAGAGUCUUCUCAAGAGUCGUCUGGAGUGUCUUCUCAAGAGUCGUCUGGAGAGUCAUCCGAAGAAACGUCUGAGGCGUCAUCUGAAGAAACAUCUGAAGAAACGUCUAAGGAGUCUUCUGAAGAAACAUCCACUAAAUCAUCCAGUGAAACAUCUACUAAUGCUUCCACUUCCACAUCCUUUUCUAAUGGUGGGAAUCCAAGUUCUUCAAUUUCGUCAUCAUCAAGGGACCUACCUUCCACUUCUCAUGCUUCACCGUCAUCAAGCAGCAGGUCAUCGUUUUACUCCACCAUUACACACUUGUCCACCCAAUCUUUCAUCUCUCCAUCAUCUGAAAUAACAACCACUUCAUUUUACCCAACAUCUUGGAGUAACAGCUCAGUUGACUCUACUUUAUCAUACAGUCCUUCAAUAUCUGAAACUGAAGCUUCACAGAUUAUCACUAGCUCUGGAUCGGACCCAAUGACAACUGAUUUUUUGGAGUCAACAUCCACGACUACACCAUUAUCAUCAACUUCAGAUGGAAGCCAAACUAUGUUCACCGAGCCAUAUAUAACUGGUUACUUCAUUGAUGAUGAACCGCAUUGGGAUGUUGUGGUUCCGGGAUCAUUAGGACCGUGGAAUUCUGUUGAAUUUACUGGAUCCAAGUUAGAAGACAAUUACGUGUAUCAAUCCACCGAUUUUGAGGUUGAUGGUGUGGUGUCCUCAGGCUCUGUCGCAUUGAAUGAUAAUUACUUUUCUGUAUCGUAUCCAGAACAAGUUAGUGUUGAUUCAGCUUUGAAGCUUUCAAUUACUGGAAAAUCAACCGGGCCAUCUCCAUUUACAACCAACGUUCAUAUUGCCAUAUAUCUUACUGAUAGUCGCUUCUUAUUCAGAAGAUCCAUCCUAGAAUUUGAUCUCUCAUAUACGUUGGAGGAACACUUCUCUUCCAUUACAACCAUCUUUGCUGGUACGAGCGAGAGUGAUGCUGAUUUUGCUACAACCGUCUCGUUCUCAACGUUUGUUACAACACUUAUUGAGUCUGAAAACCAUGUCUUAACCUCGACCGUAACUGUCUCAUGCUCUCCAUAUGUUUAUACACCAAGCAAAACUUCGACUGGGUUGAGCACGGGAGAGGACACUACUAAUGGUCACAGUCUUCGUAUAUCAAGUUCUCAAUUGACUUCCCAAGUGGUCAUUACUGAAUCUCACUCAUCACUUGAAAGAAGUACAAAUAUUGAAAGGUUGUCACAAACAUCCACUGUUGCGUUUGUCAGCGUAUCUUCAAAUCUUAUGGAUGACAGCUCAACUCACACUUCGAUACAAACUUCAACUUUGAUUUCCUGGAAAACCGAAACAACUUUAAAUAGUGGACCGUAUUACCAGGAUUCAACUUCUACAACUUUGACAACCCCUAUCAUUACUGCGCUUAAUGCUGGUGCUUCAAGAACUAGUUUGUCCACUUUUCUCUUUGGAAUACUGUACAUUUUGUUUUAA